AAGUUAGCGGUAAAUUUACCACAAGUCGGUUUCCAAGUUUUAGUCGAGCGCAAAUUUUGUAAAACGCAAGAAUAAUGGCAUCGAAUGGACAGUUGACAAGAAUGCUCUUCAUCGUAUGUUUUUUGGUACUUGGAGUUUCAUCAAGCCGGGCUCACGUGUAUUUCAGUAGCGGGGAUGAGACGAAACCGGGCCUAGAAGGGUUAGCGGAGUACCAACCUCAAGGGGAGGCCAAUGACGACGAAACAGCAUUGGUAGAUGGAGACAAGGAUGGAGACAUUCCGAACUGGAAUGACCAACAGCUGCACGCCGGUUUGGCCGCCCUCAAACACAGCCUACAGUCCAAAUACUCGUCCGCUAGCAAGAGAGCCUGGCUACCAGGCACAAAAACUGGAUUGUAUGGUAAGCGCGGCAGCCAUUGGAUGAGCCCAGAGAAGCGGCAACUCUGGGCCAAUCAGCAGUCGGGUCUCUUCGGGAAGCGGGAGGAUGGCAGGGGACAGACACCUCCGAGAUGGACCGUGAAGCGGUCAGCGGAGGAGAGCGAGUUCGGCCGGCAGAGACGCAAGGGAGGCGUCCCCCACGUCUUUCAGAGCGGGGGUAUCUUUGGCAAACGAUCAGCCGAAAAUUGGUAGACGAGAUUCCAGUAACUCUGCAGUUUGCUAUAGGAGACCAACUUUUGGGACGCUUUGACGUAACUGUGACGACAUUGCAGCCGUAUUUUUUACACAAGAGAAAAAGGUCAUACGCGCUUCAUCUGGAGACACCCACUUAAACAAAUGCCUCGAGCGGUUAUGAAUUUUUGGUAUUUAUGUUUGGAUAGGACAAAACAAUUUCAAGUAAACAAAAACACCCAUCACGUUUUGAUUCAAUACACAACAGAGGAUACUUGUUGAUGACAAUGAGCCUAUAUUUACCCAGAUUGUAAUGGUUAUUAGUCGUAUCCUGUUUCAGUUAAUUAUUAUUUUAGUAAUCACGAAUUCUAAUAAGGAUUUGAAACCACAAAUGUUCUUCGUUCUGUCAUAAACAACAUUCCUUUCUUGAUAAGUUCAUUGCAUGCCGAAGGCAUAUUUGUUGUAGUCUUAAUUUUACCAAUCCUAUCAACAAGGUAGUUAAUUUACAUGCAAGGACGUGACCAUAUAACUUUCGAUGUUCAAAAUAAUAAUUAGGAAACAAAAAUCUCUCAAAAUCGCCUACACGUUAUUGGAUAUACAGGGUGAAUCAGAAUGAUCUGGACCCAAAUUAAAGAAAAUAUUAUAAAUAUGUAGCAAUUAUCAAAACAAGUGCAAAUGAG